AUGGAUGCGCCUGCACCUGCAGCUCGCAGGUCGGCUUCAGGACGUGCACAGAUGUUAAAUGGCCUACGCAAACCUUCACAGCUUGAGAUUGAGCAGCAUGACUUUAUCCUACAACAACAACAAGCCACCAUCGAUCAGCUUGCAAGUCUGCAGGCUCAGACCCAGCAGAUAUUCGCUCAAAUGGAUUUGAAUGGUGCACACGCGCCCAACAACCGCGAAGCAAUCUCAAAUAAUAUGCAGAACAUGACAAGAACACGCAGAUUAUCUAGUAAUCCUCCUCCAACCAGCGCUAAUCAUCGCUCCAAUACUCCCUUCAAAGGCCGUAGACCGGCAAGCUUAAACCUGUCAGCACUCAACACCGCAGCACCAAUUCAUGAGGAGCUACAUAAUGCUCCACUACCACACACUGCGAUUCACAAUUCCAACCAACCUCAUCGCAACAACAACGCCAGCAAGAGAAAAACUUACUCUAACUUGGGCCACCUCCCUCCAGUUCCGCAGUCUGCACCUGCUAACGCUCCAAAUGGAAGACAUUCCUCCUUCCGUGUCCCUUCAGCACUCAAUUCUGCAAACAACGCUCCUCAAGGUUGCGUGAGACAACCACGUGGUCCACCUUCAGAAAACCUCGAGGCUGUUAACUUUAGCUCCAGACAACGCAAAUUGGCAAGUAGACGUUUGUCUGGUUUGGCUGGCAUAGCUGGCGCUAGACGUAGAGUCAGUGUGGCUCCUACUGGUGACCCAAUCGAUGCAUCAAAUGGCGAUUAA